AUGGAAUUCUCACCAAUCUAUGUGCCCCGGCCGGGACUGCACACCUAUAUGGAUGACUUCCGCCAUUUCACCGCCGCGCAAAUGACAGUCAACCUUUCAUCUUAUCACGACCUCCAUAAAUUCUCUGUGGAGCGCCCUAAUGAAUUUUGGACGUUACUGUGGAAGUUCCUAGAUAUAAAGGCGUCUUCCCAACCUUCGAAGGCCAUCGACGAGGCACUUCGAAUAGACCAAUUUCCCCCGUUCUUCGCCGGUGCGAAGCUCAAUUAUGCCGAGAACAUAUUGCGAACCCGGGGAAAUGGCAUUGCCCUUAAGUGUAUCGACGAGUCUUCCUUGCGGAAACCCGAGUCCAUUACCUGGGAUGACUUGAGGGCUCAAGUGAGGGAAGCUGCGGAUGCAAUGCAUUUCUCCGGAGUGCGACGCCAUGACGUUUUUGUUGCUAUCGGCGGCAACUCGGCCAAGUCUGUUGCCUUACUCCUCGCAACCGCGUCUCUUGGUGCAGUGUUUGCUUCGUUUAGUACAGAACUUGGCGAGAUGGCACUGCUUGACCGGUUGACUCAGCUAAAGCCAAAGCUUGUCUUCGCGCAGACGGAAUACUCGUAUAAUGGAAAGAAGCAUCGCAUUACGGGGAAGAUCACUAAAGUCUUCGCCACAGCCCCCAAAGCACCUGGUGCCGAGCUCAUUUCUUACUUCGACAGCGUUGAAUCUCCCGGGUAUACAGAUGACUGCGGUGUUCCUUUAGUGCCCUGGUCAGAGUUUGUCGGUAGGACGAGCGGCCGCAAACUGUCAUUUGAGCAAGUGGCUUUCCACCAUCCUCUGGUCAUCCUAUUUUCAUCGGGAACGACAGGGACACCAAAAGGCAUAGUACAUUCGCACGGAGGCCUCGUGGUCAACGGAAUGAAAGAAAACCGCCUUCACAAUAAUUUCGGGCCAUCUGACGUCUACUUUCACUUCACCAAUAUUGGUUGGACUUUGUGGAAUAUCUCCCUUGGGGCUCUCCUCUGUGGCAGCACGCUCGUACUCUACGAUGGAUCACCAUUCUACCCGAAAGCCUCCAUGCUAAUGGAUACGAGAAUUACUGCAUUUGGGGCUGGACCGCGAUACUUCGAAGAGAUUCGUAUUGCUAAUAUCAAACCAAAUUCGUUCCCGCAUAUUGUGGAUUUAAUUUUAUCUACUGGAGCAAUUCUGACAGCGUCUCUAUCGCUAUGGAUUUCGCACGCCUUUGGACCAGUCUGCCAAAUUUCCAUGUCGGGAGGGACAGAGUUCUGUGGCUCCUUCGUACACGGGACCAAGACUUUGCCGACCUGGCCGGGACAGAUCACAGUUAAGGCACUCGGGCUCGAUGUCGAUGUGUUCUCUCUCAACGGUCAAUCUGUCCCCCCAGGGGAGAUGGGGGAGCUGGUCUGCAAAACUCCGUUUCCCAAUAUGCCAACAUCCUUUUUGAAUGACCACAAGAAGAAAAGAUACUUUGACGCAUACUUCUACUCAAUUCCUCACGUAUGGACUCAUGGCGACCUGAUCAAGGUUGAUCCCAAAACAAAGGGCCUAAUCAUUCUUGGCCGAAGUGAUGGGGUUCUCAAUCCAUCUGGUGUGCGUUUUGGCUCGUCAGAAAUUUACUCUGUUCUUGCCAAGCGCUUCGCCAAGCAAGUAUUGGAUGCUUUAUGCGUGGGCCAGCAGAGGCAAGACAAGGAUAUGAGUGAGCGUGUAUUCCUGUUCGUGAAGCCUUACCCGCCCCUCCGGAGCCAGGUGGGUAGGCUUCUGGAAACUAGUAUUCGGCGGGCCAUCGCCCAGGACCUCAGCCGACGCCACGUUCCGCAAUUUGUCUUCGAACUUGAAACUAUUCCUUACAAUGCGAAUGGGAAAAAGAUGGAAAUUAAAGCUAAGGCUAUUUUAAAUAGAGGCUUGCAUGGUCUAAACUCACUGAAGAUCUCGCGCGAGGAGAGAGCCAUGUUGGAGCCUCUUCUCAAGUUUUUCAACAUUGAAGAUCUUUUAACAAAGAUAGUAGCAAAGAUCUAG